AUGUGUUUCCUCUACAUAACUUCAAGGUUUAAGAAACAACCUUCUCCGAGUUCCAUCAUCAUAUCAAGAGCGAUGUUGCUGUCUAAGCAUCACUCAACCAAUACAACACUGCUGUGGGUUCUUCAUGUCCAAUGCGACUACGUCUUCUAUUCAGCAUCACCGCAUAGCUAUGAGACUUCGUUCACUCUCACUUCCGCGAUCUCUAUCUCAAUGCACAAACGACGCCUCAAUUUCACCUUCUUCACCGUCUUCAUCUUGAUUCUACUACCACCGUGCCACUCCCUUUCGUCUGUGCUCAACAUACCGUUUCUUCUUCCCGCGUCUUUCCUCUCUGAUUCGCCGGAAAUUGGUCCGAUGCCUCUUCAACCACCAUAG